AUGAUGUACGGUACCAAUGGCUCAGAUUUUCCUCCUGUAACAGAGGACACAUUUUGUAAAUAUGUUUUAUACUACGAAAUAAAUAAUUCAAGGGUCCGUAUUUGGGAUUUAAUUAUUUUGAUACCGAACGCAUUGUUUGUGCUUUUCUUAGUGGUAAGGUUUAACAAAGCUCAGCUAAAAUUGCGUGCUACCAGCAGCCCUAUAUUCUUAACGUUUUACACAUUGGUAUGGGGCAAUGUGAUCAUAAGUCUGGUGCGAUGUGCGGUGUCCAUGACUGUAAAUGCUGCUAUGCCACUGGGUGGACUGGUGGACAAGGUGUUGUGGGUCAUGGUGAGAUUUUUUCUGCUCGCAACAGAGAUGAGUGUUGUCAUAUUUGGAUUGGCUUUUGGCCAUUUGGAUAGCCGCAGCAGUAUUAGAUAUGUGUUACUGGCAACAUCACUAUUGUCCCUUGCAUUCACUGUGACACAAGGUACUCUUGAGAUUGUUAUGCCAGAUGACAUGUUUCAUGUGGACACCAGAGAUUAUGACCUGUUUGGACAUGGUGGGAUGCUGUUCUGGUUUACAUCAUCUUUAGUCUUUGCACUAAUUUACUUCUUAAUACUGCUAUUGCCAUGGAUUCCACUCAGAGAAUAUCUAGCUUUACCAACGAAACUCUCAUUCUACCUGUACGUGUUGCUACUGGCGCUACUGGACACGACGCAGGCCGUCGGCGCGGGACUCCUCGCCUGGGGCAACAUGCAGUCUGGUCUCUGCGUUGUCGAUGUUACCACUUGGCUAUACUUCUCUUUAUACACUCCUCUUGUCUAUCACACAUUCCUAAGCGAGUUUUUCAGCGUGUCUCAACCGAGCAUCAUGUUCUCGUACAAGGCUCAGAUGGACGAGCCGAUGGACGAAGACCAGGUUUCCUUACCGCACCAACAGAGCUUCAGUUCUUUGAAGACAGAUUCAGAUUACAUUUAUCAGCAGAGUAAUAGCGUAUACGACAGCACAUUGUUCGAGGCCGGCGGGACCACGCCUAUGAACCCGGUGUACAGCGCGUCUCUACAGAGCCCUGACUCGAUAGCGUCCGGCCAGUCCAUGGAGAUCGGAGUACCCAACUCAGGCUUCCAAAGCCAAAACAUGCCCUCAACAUAA